CGAUUAGAACGCCCGGAGAGAAGUCCACAGAAAAGAGAGCCAGUCAACUUGAACUGAGUACCGCGAGCGGCCGUCGAGCGCACACAGCACUCCUGUUGCCAGCCAGCUUUAACAUUUCUGACAAGAAGAAGACCGCGACGUUUUUGUGAAUUGUGUGUCUAGAUUUUUAGGAGGGCCAUAAUACGGUCUUGAAACGUAACUUACUUCUCACUGACAAUCUCAAGAUGUCGAUAUUGCCCUUCACUCCUCCGAUUGUAAAGAGGCUUCUGGGCUGGAAGAAGGGGGAGCAGAAUGGACAAGAGGAGAAAUGGUGCGAAAAGGCUGUCAAAAGUCUGGUGAAAAAGUUGAAAAAGACGGGACAACUGGACGAGUUGGAAAAAGCUAUUACAACGCAGAAUAUAAACACGAAAUGCAUAACUAUUCCGAGGUCCCUGGACGGGCGCCUGCAGGUGUCCCACAGGAAAGGCCUUCCUCACGUCAUCUACUGCCGCCUGUGGCGCUGGCCGGACCUGCAGUCCCACCACGAGCUGAGGGCCAUCGACCUCUGUGAGUUUGCAUUCCACACCAAGAAGGAUGAGGUGUGCGUCAACCCAUACCACUACCAGCGCGUGGAGACACCAAUCCUGCCUCCUGUCCUGGUGCCGCGCUACUCGGAUGUCCCCACAGAGUUCCCUCCCCUGGACGACUACAGCCACUCCAUCCCUGAGAACACCAACUUCCCUGCUGGGAUCGAGCCCCAGAGCCACUACAUCCCGGAAACCCCUCCUCCAGGCUAUCUGAGUGAGGAUGGAGAGACCAGUGACCACCUGCUCAACCACAGCAUGGACACAGGUUCACCCAGUCUGUCGCCCAAUCCUGUUUCGCCAGCUCACAACAGUCUCGACCUGCAGCCGGUGACGUACUGUGAGUCGGCCUUCUGGUGCUCCAUCUCCUACUACGAGCUGAACCAGCGCGUGGGCGAGACCUUUCACGCCUCGCAGCCCUCGCUGACCGUGGACGGCUUCACCGACCCGUCCAACUCGGAGCGCUUCUGCCUGGGCCUGCUGUCCAACGUCAACCGCAACGCGGCCGUGGAGCUCACGCGCAGACACAUCGGUCGGGGUGUGAGGUUGUACUACAUCGGCGGGGAGGUGUUUGCCGAGUGUCUCAGCGACAAUGCCAUCUUUGUCCAGAGUCCCAACUGCAACCAGCGCUACGGCUGGCACCCUGCCACAGUCUGCAAGAUCCCCCCUGGUUGUAAUCUGAAGAUCUUCAACAACCAGGAGUUUGCUGCCCUGCUGGCCCAGUCAGUGAACCAGGGCUUUGAGGCCGUCUACCAGCUGACCCGCAUGUGCACCAUCCGCAUGAGCUUCGUCAAGGGCUGGGGAGCCGAGUACAGGCGUCAGACUGUGACCAGCACCCCCUGCUGGAUCGAGCUGCACCUCAACGGGCCCCUGCAGUGGCUGGACAAGGUUCUCACUCAGAUGGGCUCCCCCAGCAUCCGCUGCUCCAGCGUGUCUUAGGACCAGCUCACCCUCACGGCACACCCUCACCCUGGCACCCUCCACUCACACUCACAACAGACAAGAGUCAGGACAGGUGGAGGUAAAGAAGUCAGUAUUCAGAUGCAGAAGACUUUGCAUUCAGGUGCAUUAUUUCUUAUUGGUACCAUCACUCUUACCUGUCCACAGACUCCUACCAUUACACCACACAUUCACUGUCAAAAGCACUUUCUUCACAAGAGUAGCAUAUAGCGUGUCCAUUUGAUGGUUGUCUAGAUUUGUACGUUGUGUAAUUUUGUUCUGAACAGUCAGACAUAGCAUGUUAGCCAUAGUUUUAAGAGAAGUAACAGACACAUGUCUUGUUUUUCAAAGCAUGAUUUUAUAAUCAUGUCUUUCAAUUGUGGUUCUUUUUUAUCAUAUCUGAUAAAGGAAAAUAUUACAACUUUUUUUUUGUUACGUAAAGAAAAGUAAUUGUAUGAUUUUUGUAACUAUUUUUUCAUGUUGGGUAAGAUACAACAGCCGAAAGGGUUAUGAGCAGAUGGUUUCAUGAGUAUUUGGAAUGUCUAAAGUUAAUUUGUGUUCUCAAGAUUAGUAGAUGGAUAUAGAAUAUCUUUGUAUAAGGACAAAUUUGAAAACUUGUGGGCUAUACAGUUAGUGUUAAUAGUUUUCUAAGUACUGAGUACUUUCCCCUCAUUUCUCAAUAACGAUAUAAAUGAACUGCCCGGUCAGUCCCUGAAUUUGUAUUUAAACUAUAUUGUUGAUAAAGAGAAUCCUAAUGUGAAGUGUAAUUUGCUCAGUGAAAAGAGACAUUUUGACAAUUAUUUUGCAAACAAAAUAUAUUUUUACUGUUUCCCCAUUGAGGUUGAACAAACCUAUUUAUAGGGUAAUUAAAGAUGUCUUGUAUUAGAAACACUCGAGCCAAGGAGUCGGAUCCGCAGCCACAGGGAUUCAUCUCACAACAGUAUACCUGCCAUACAGACGCCUGACUUUUUAAAGUUGAGAUUUUAAAACAUUUGCCACAAAGAACAGACUAUUUUCAAUAAAUUGCGCCAAAGUUGGCAGCUGUAAAUAUAGUUUUGAACUAAGAGGAAUUUGGCUACAUUAAUCUGUGUCAAGCUCUGUUUUAUUUUUACUAGAAUUUAGGAUCUAUUUGAGAGUAUUUUUUAUUAGUCAUGCAAAACCCCAAUGUGUCUGAAAAUAAUCUAUAAAUCCUGUAUGUAAAAAAUAAGAAAAAGAAAAAUGGUAUAGUACAAACCAGUGCUUGAUUGGUUCUCAUGUUUUGUCUGCCAAAUCACAUUACUGUACUCAUUGAUUAAAAGGAGACUGGUGAGUUAUGUAAUAUAUUUUAGUAGUUAUGGCACUUAACUGAAAUACUGCAUCAAAGUAGUUUGUCUCUCCAAAAGGAGAUGUUUUGUAAAAAAUAUGAAAUAAUGUGUUGUCAAGUAUCAGUACUUAUUUUCCUUUGUACUCUUAAAAUUGCUUCGUUUUAUUAUAAAUGUUACUUUCCUUGUUAUUUACUUAAUGUUUAGUUGAAUCUAUCUGUUUUGUUAUCCAUGACCAUUUCAUUCAAUGUUCUUUAAUAAAGUAAAUAAUGUAA